AUGAGCUUUCUUUCGAAGGAUACAUUCGAUCAUACGGUUUCAAAGUCGCGCGAGAAAGAACGCCCAUCGACGAUCAGCUACACGCGAUCACCGGAAGGGUUUUCAGUAGAAAAAGGUCGAAAGCGGAGGCCAAUUAACAAAGAGCAGGGAGCGGUAGAACAGCAAACGGAUGUGGAUAACAACAAGCAGCACUUGUUCGAGGAGGAACAUGAGGUUGGCAGGAAUUCUGUUUUGUCUCAAAACUGUGACAGCUGA